AUGACACAACACGAGGUGAGCUGUCGCCAAAGUUGGGAGGACUAUUUUUUAUUUUCUGACAGGGUUUUUGGGAUUUUUUUUUGUUUAUUGUAAGCAGAUUGUUUCCUGCCCUUUCAGGUUGAUUUGGCAGAAAAAAAAUUAGAUCAUUACCGGUAAUUUUCGGUAUUUUAAAAUUUUUAAUUUUCAGAUGGCACCAAAACCAAACGAAGGGGUCGCCGAUGAUAAACGUGAGCUCAGAUUUGAAUUUUCAAAAAAUUUUGGCGUUUAAUUUUUGGCAAAUUUCGAAAAAUUUUAAAGUGAAAUUGGUUUAUUCAAUAAAUUUUUUUGUUUUCAGCUCUCGAUGAAGCCGAAAGAUCGCUUCUCAACAAGCUGAUGCAUCAAAAACUGGUCGAGUUGAAUGAAGGAGAAGUCGAAAUCAGUCUCAAAAAUGACCCAAAAUCUCCACUGUACUCAACGCAGACUUUUGAAGGGCUGGAAUUGUAAGUGAAAAAUUAAUUUUCAAAUUUCUUUAUUUUUUAUUUCGUUUUUUAAUUUUUUUUUGUAAUUUUUUUUUAAAUAUUUUUUAUUUUUUUUAUUAAUUUGAACAAAAAUUCUUUAAUUUUAUUUAUUAAAAAAUUUUUUUAAAUACUUUUUUAAUAUUUGUUAUUAAAAAAAUUAAAAUUUUUAUUAUGCUUUUUUGUUACUAUAAUAUUUUUUUAAUCAAAAUAAAAUUGUUUAAUUUAAAAAAAAUUUUUGGACAUUUUUUAUUAAUAAUUUUUUAUUAAUUAAAAUAAAAAUUCUUGAAUAUUUUCACAAUUUUUAACAUUUUUGAUUACUAUUUUUUAUUUAAAAAAAUUAAUUUUAUUAUGCUUUUUUGCUAUUAUUUUUUUUAAUCGAAAACAUUUAUUAUUAUUUUUAUUAUUAUUAUUCUUUUCAGAAAAAAGCCAUUAAUUGCGGCGAUUUACGAAAUGGGAUUCCAGCAGCCAUCCAAGAUUCAAGAGGCCUCUUUGCCCCUCUUGUUGGAUCCGCAAUGGUAUGUGGUUUUGAAUUUUGUUUGUUGCGAUUUUAAGAGAUACUCAAUACAACAAAAAAAAAAUAUUUUUUUUCAGCCCAAGCGACCUGGUUGCCCAAUCUCAGAGUGGAACUGGAAAAACAGCGGCAUUUUUGCUGACAAUGUUGCAUCGGCUGGACCCGAAACUUCAAAUUCCUCAAUGUCUUUGCGUUGCUCCGACGUUCGAAUUGGCUCUGCAGAUCGGAGAAGUGGCCAAGAAAAUGGCCAAAUAUUUGGAGACGGUCAAAAUCAAAGUGCUGGUCAAAGGAGAAAUUCGUGGGUUUUAGAAAAAUAAAAAAUAGUAACAAAUAAAAAAUAAAAUUAAAAGAAAAAUUAUUAAUUAGAACAAUCAAAAAAAAUAAAUAAAUAAAAAAAUUAAAUAAAAAAAUAUAAAAAAUAUUAUAAUUACAGUAAUCAAAAAAAAUAAAUAAAUAAAUUAAUUAAUUAAUAUAAAAAAAAAUAAAACGAUUAAUAAAUAAUAACUCUUAAAACUUUCAGCUAGUCCCGACACGAUCUUAACGGAGCAAAUCAUCAUUGGGACCCCCGGAAAAUUGGCCGACUAUUUAUUCAAAUUCAAACUGAUCGACGCGAAAAAUAUUAUUUGUUUCGUUCUGGAUGAGGCAGAUGUGAUGUUGAGUCAAAAAGGAUAUAAAGAUGUUAGCGUUAAAAUUCAUAAGUGAGUAUUUUAAAAAAAUUCAAAUAUCGCCAAGUGCGACGCACGUCAAACUGACAUAAUCUAAAACAGUUCGGUGAAUGGAUUGGCAAUUUGCCAAAAAAAGACGCGAAAAAACGUUUCGUUGGGGAAGAAAUGGGGAAUUUUUGGGGCGAGAGAGUACGCUUUUGCGUGUCUUUUUUUCUCUCUUUCUCUGCAAAAUCAAGACGAAGUGUAAAAAACCGAUAGCGAAGAGUCUAUUCCGGUCACCGGACUCCUCAGUUUGACGUGCUCAGAUUUUGAUGAAACUUGGCACAAAUUGAAGAUAAUUUUUCAUAAGAUUUAUAAAAAAGUCUACGCACUUAUUUUCAGUUAUAUCCAUUUUUUUCAGCGAAAUCAUCCUCUCCAAUCCGAAAUGCCAAUGUCUUUUGUUCAGUGCAACAUUCACCGACUUGGUCUACAAUUUUGCGGAAAGCUUGAUCCCAAAUAUGGCUGCAAUAACGUAAGGGCCUCCUAGACACUUUUUUAGGCCAAUAUUUUUGGCGCUUUUCAGCCUCCGCCGUCGCGAUCAGACCUUGCCGAACAUCCGCCAACUCCUGAUCCGCUGCAAGACAAGGGAAGAGAAAUACCGCGCAAUAGUCAAUAUUUACAACACACUGACGAUUGCCUCGUCGAUCAUCUUCACGUACACCCGAAGCUCGGCCACUUGGCUAGCGGAACAGUUGAAGAAGACGGGCCGAAAAGUCGGUCUUCUUCAUGGCGAGAUGAGUGCCGACGAGCGCUCAAAUAUGGUCAAGAACUUCCAGAACGGCGAGUUUAGGGUGCUGAUCACGACGAAUGUGUGCUCUAGAGGUGAGUUGGAGAGCUUGGACAAAAAUUUAAAGAAAUUAAAAAAAAAUUUUUAGACAUCCAAAAAAAAUUUUUCUUAGAUUUCGAAAAGACUUUAGUCAGAUUGAAUAAACAAUUCUUUAAGGUAUAUUAGAGUUAAAAGCUUCAAAUUUCCUCGAAAAAUGGGGAAUUUUAGGUCAACAGUUGGAAAAAAUGAAUAGGGGGGACCAUGGCCAAGUUUAGGGAAAAGAAACCAAAAAAUUGCUCGAUUUCACUGAAAUUUGAUAUAAAACGCGUUUUAUUACAAAUCGUAGUUUGGCCCGGACAUUGUUAAAAUCGGUGUCUCAGAAUUCAACGAAACUUGGUAGAUUUAAUCACUGCUAGGCAUAGAACAUUCGCUUUCUUUAUUUUUUCCCAAAAUUACCAUAUGACGGAUUACUGUAACUUUCUUCCUCAAAAAAGAUGUGCCCUAAUCGUGAAAACGAAGCUGUAUUUUAGUGCAAAUUGAGUUUAGGCGUAUGUUUUCGACCAUGUUGAACAUUUUUGUAAUUAUCACCAAAAACUAAAAAUUACAUCUAAGCUAUGUUACACUUGAGGCAACAUACCAUUUCGGGUGUAAAAAGUGCCGUUUUGAGGUGACGCAGAUUUUGAAACCGGAAUAUUAAACUUCAAGCCUUGUCUAAUAAACCAUAAAAAUUUCAGAAAAAUCAAAUGUAUAGUUUUUGAGAAAUUGGACAUUGAAUGACUCAUGUGCAAUAUCACCUUGACCCGAAAAAAACUGGCAUUCUUGGGGUUUUGACCUGACGCAGACUUUGAAAGUUUCCAAUACAUUUUUAUCACAUUUUAGGAGGAUUUGGAAAGUUUCAGAGGAAAAAAAUGUAUAGUUUUCGAGAAAUCGGCCAAAAUACCUUGUUUUAGGUCAUCAGAUGCCCGAAAAAACUGGCAUUCUUGGGGUUUUGACCUGACGCAGAUUUUGAAAGUUUCCAAUACAUUUUUAUCACAUUUUAGGACGAUUUGGAAAGUUUCAGAGGAAAAAAAUGUAUAGUUUUCGAGAAAUCGGCCAAAAUACCUUGUUUUAGGUCAUCAGAUGCCCGAAAAAAACUGGCAUUCUUGGGGUUUUGACCUGACGCAGAUUUUGAAAGUUUCCAAUACAUUUUUAUCACAUUUUAGGACGAUUUGGAAAGUUUCAGAGGAAAAAAAUGUAUAGUUUUCGAGAAAUCGGCCAAAAUACCUUGUUUUAGGUCAUCAGAUGCCCGAAAAAAACUGGCAUUCUUGGGGUUUUGAUCUGACGCAGAUUUUGAAAGUUUCCAAUGCAUUCUUAUCACAUUUUAGGAGGAUUUGGAAAGUUUCAGAGGAAAAAAAUGUAUAGUUUUCGAGAAAUCGGCCAAAAUACCUUGUUUUAGGUCAUCAGAUGCCCGAAAAAAACUGGCAUUCUUGGGGUUUUGACCUGACGCAGAUUUUGAAAGUUUCCAAUACAUUUUUAUCACAUUUUAGGAGGAUUUGGAAAGUUUCAGAGGAAAAAAAUGUAUAGUUUUUGAGAAAUCGGCCGAAAUACCUUGUUUUAGGUCAUCAGAACACAGAAUCGUAGCGGCGCACAUUUGAUGGAAGCUUUGCAGACAGCGAAAAUUCAUUGGUCACAAUUUGGAGGAAAAACAGUAACACACUAUAUUUCGUAAAAAAGGGAUGUCAAAAAAUUGAUCGAAUUUUCCAGCAAAUUGACCUAAAACAAGGUAUUUUGGCCGAUUUCUCGAAAACUAUACAUUUUUUUCCUCUGAAACUUUCCAAAUCCUCCUAAAAUGUGAUAAAAAUGUAUUGGAAACUUUCAAAAUCUGCGUCAGGUCAAAACCCCAAGAAUGCCAGUUUUUUUCGGGCAUCUGAUGACCUAAAACAAGGUAUUUUGGCCGAUUUCUCGAAAACUAUACAUUUUUUUCCUCUGAAACUUUCCAAAUCCUCCUAAAAUGUGAUAAAAAUGUAUUGGAAACUUUCAAAAUCUGCGUCAGGUCAAAACCCCAAGAAUGCCAGUUUUUUUCGGGCAUCUGAUGACCUAAAACAAGGUAUUUUGGCCGAUUUCUCGAAAACUAUACAUUUUUUUCCUCUGAAACUUUCCAAAUCCUCCUAAAAUGUGAUAAGAAUGCAUUGGAAACUUUCAAAAUCUGCGUCAGAUCAAAACCCCAAGAAUGCCAGUUUUUUUCGGGCAUCUGAUGACCUAAAACAAGGUAUUUUGGCCGAUUUCUCGAAAACUAUACAUUUUUUUCCUCUGAAACUUUCCAAAUCCUCCUAAAAUGUGAUAAAAAUGUAUUGGAAACUUUCAAAAUCUGCGUCAGGUCAAAACCCCAAGAAUGCCAGUUUUUUCGGGCAUCUGAUGACCUAAAACAAGGUAUUUUGGCCGAUUUCUCGAAAACUAUACGUUUUUUUCCUCUGAAACUUUCCAAAUCCUCCUAAAAUGUGAUAAAAAUGUAUUGGAAACUUUCAAAGUCUGCGUCAGAUCAAAACCCCAAGAAUGCCAGUUUUUUUCGGGCAUCUGAUGACCUAAAACAAGGUAUUUUGGCCGAUUUCUCGAAAACUAUACAUUUUUUUCCUCUGAAACUUUCCAAAUCCUCCUAAAAUGUGAUAAAAAUGUAUUGGAAACUUUCAAAAUCUGCGUCAGGUCAAAACCCCAAGAAUGCCAGUUUUUUCGGGCAUCUGAUGACCUAAAACAAGGUAUUUUGGCCGAUUUCUCGAAAACUAUACAUUUUUUUCCUCUGAAACUUUCCAAAUCCUCCUAAAAUGUGAUAAAAAUGUAUUGGAAACUUUCAAAGUCUGCGUCAGGUCAAAACCCCAAGAAUGCCAGUUUUUUUCGGGUCAAGGUGAUAUUGCACAUGAGUCAUUCAAUGUCCAAUUUCUCAAAAACUAUACAUUUGAUUUUUCUGAAAUUUUUAUGGCUCAUUAGACAAGGCUUGAAGUUUAAUAUUCCGGUUUCAAAAUCUGCGUCACCUCAAAACUGCACUUUUUACACCCGAAAUGGUAUGUUGCCUCAAGUGUAACAUAGCUUAGAUGUAAUUUUUAGUUUUUGGUGAUAAUUACAAAAAUGUUCAACAUGGUCGAAAACAUACGCCUAAACUCAAUUUGCACUAAAAUACAGCUUCGUUUUCACGAUUAGGGCACAUAUUUUUUGAGGAAGAAAGUUACAGUAAUCCGUCAUAUGGUAAUUUUGGGAAAAAUUAAAGAAAGCGAAUGUUCUAUGCCUAGCAGUGAUUAAAUCUACCAAGUUUCGUUGAAUUCUGAGACACCGAUUUUAACAAUGUCCGCCCCCUGUUAGGCUUAGCUCCAAAGUGUGGCAAAACCUGUUAUAAAUUUUACAUUUUUUGUCGAAUAGACUCUCUUAAAUUGUAUAUUUCAACUUGAAACCUCCAGAAAACCUCAAAAUUAAAUCAAAAAAGAAUCAAAAAAAUCAAAUUGAUUACAAACACUUUUCAGGCCUAGACAUCCCCUCUGUCAAGCUCGUAGUGAACUACGAUCCUCCCGUGACCUUUGAAGAGAACCCUCAACCAGAUUAUGACACCUAUUUGCAUCGAAUCGGGCGGACGGGCCGGUUUGGCAAGGGCGGAAUCGCCGUGAAUUUGGUGGAUUCAGCCAGGGCAGAGGGUUAUGUGAGGAAAUUUGAGGAGUAUUUCAAUCGACCGAUUGAGACAGUCGCCUAUGAUGACUUUGACCGGCUGGAUGAGAUCGAGGAGGAGGGGUGAAGACGGGGAAAUUCGGGAUUUUUAAAAUAUUUUUUUUUUCAAAAUGAGAUUUCUAUUUUUUUGAAAAAUUGCUCAAAAUUUAAAGGACCCCACCAACUACAUUUGAAUCGAGUUUUUACGGCUUGGAGGUGCGCCUCGCCAAAAGUUGCGAAAAUCCCGCGAAAAAAAUAAAUACAAAAAAUAAUCGAGAAUUUUUCUCGAAAAUGCAAAAUUAAAUUAAGUUUGAGCUAGUUCAUGUUCCAAAGUUGCUGAAAACGCUUCUUGUUCACGUGGAUCCUGCCGACACUCAUUCGGAUGCUCUUGGGGAAAGUCUCAUGUAAGUUUUUCUUGGUUUUUGCUUGGUUUUUCACGUUUAGGUAGUAGUGAAGGAUCAUGUACAAUAUUUAUGCGGUUCUUCCAAAAAACAGCACAUGAGCAGCCUUGAGGAGCAAGUGUUGGACUCAAGGCUCGUGUUGUGUCCAUGUUCUUGCUUGUUCGGGCUGUUUUUGCCCAUUUAGAGGUUUUAUAUGUUGUUUUAGUCAAGCUUUCAAUUUCAGAGUUGUUCCAUCGCCUGGAACACGAUCCAUGGAGAUGAAGGAACCAGUGUGUCGACAUGCAUCUGUAAUUAUAUCUAA